UUCCUGUAACUUCCUAGGCCUUCUUUCUGGUAUCUCUACCAGUAACCGUCCAGAACUCGCCAGUCACUGUUCUUUCUCACCUGGCUGAAUAGAUCAAGCCAGGAUUUUGAAUCCGAUCUUGGCAUUAUUCUUACGGAAGUCAUCAUGGAAACAAAAACGGACGUGCAGUCCAAGGUUGAUGUUCCGCCUGAAAAGGCUCCUGGUUCCCUCGAAGCAGUGGCUCUAGAUGCCACUGCAGCAGGGAAGAGUCGCUGGGAGCGCAGUUGGCCUACAAUUGCUUGUGGUGCUGGUCUAUUCUCCGAUGGCUAUCUUAAUGGAAUUAUUGGACCUGUUAAUACAAUUCUCAAGAGGCUCUACCCCAAAGAAUACGCCGAUUCCCCUGCCAGCCAGAAUGUCUCUUCCAUCACUUUCGCCGGCACUGUGGUCGGUAUGCUUAUUUUUGGGUACACAAGUGAUCACUGGUCGCGAAAAUGGUCUCUUAUGAUUUCUACAAUUAUCCUUUUCAUAUUUGCAGCCUUAUGUGCUGGGGCCUAUGGAUACAAUAAUAGCCAUUAUGGCCUAUUUGCCGCUCUAACGGCAUACCGUUUCUUCUUGGGAAUUGGAAUCGGCGGCGAGUACCCUGCAGGGUCAGUCGCAGCAGCGGAGAACACGGGUGAACUAAAGGAAGGCCAUCGAAACCGAUGGUUUGUGAUGUUCACUAAUUUCCAGAUUGACUUCGCCUAUGUCGUCUCCGCCUUGGUUUCAAUGAUCUUGGUCUUGAUCUUUACCGAGAACCAUCUACGUGCGGUGUGGCGUAUUGGAUUGGGACUUGGUGUCAUUCCACCUCUUAGUCUGAUUUAUCUGCGAUUGAAGCUGGAGGAACCCGAGGAGUUUAACCGGGAACGCAUGCACAACUUUCCUCUUUGGUUAAUUGUGAAGUUUUACUGGAAGCGCCUGUUUGUGUGUUCACUGAUUUGGUUUCUUUAUGAUUUCUCUUCCUAUUCCUUUAGCAUAUACUCGUCUGACUGGAUCGCAAUCAUCCUGGGAGACUCCGCCCCUCUCUGGAAGAGCUUCGGCUGGACCACACUGACUUACUCUUUCUACAUCCCCGGCUCCUUUUUGGGAGCCUUGACAAGUGACUGGAUGGGACCACGCAACACUUUGGCACUCGGCGUUUUGCUGCAGGGCAUUGUUGGCUUCAUCAUGUCUGGCUGCUAUGAAUAUCUCUCAACGCCAAAAAACGUCGCCGCAUUCGUUGUUGUAUUUGGCAUCUUCUCGAGUCUUGGUGAGUUUGGUCCUGGUGACAAUAUUGGACUCUGCUGUGCCAAAAGCAGCGCCACUGCUGUUCGUGGCCAAUUCUAUGCCAUAGCUGCCGCUGCCGGCAAGAUAGGCGCCUUUGUUGGCACCUACGUGAUCCCGAUCAUCCAGGACAACGCGCCUAACAAGGUCCGGUCCGGUCAGGAUCCUUUCUUUGUCUCCAGUUCAUUAUGCAUCUUUAGUGCUGCACUGGCAUUUUUUCUUCUACCAAAUAUCGGCCAGGACACCAUCACAUACGAGGAUGAAAAGUUCCGUGCUUACCUCGAGGCCCACGGAUACGACACCUCGUCCAUGGGCAAUCGAGAGGAGCAGUAGUCAAUGUAUCCUGCCACCCGCCCGCCUUACGGAUCUGCCAAAGCCAUAGGCACUGUUUUCAGGGCCAACACCAGCCUAACUAGUGCCAACCC